GCCACAUAGUGUUUCCUUCCUCUUGUAACUUCGAGCUCGUUAAUUCAAUUUCUAAAACGAGGAAGUGAGCAAGCGUUUCAAAUAUAUUAGCGGUGGCAUCGCAUAUGUUAGCUUCUUCCAUGCGGGCAAGGGGUACCGCCGAUACAGUGAAAUAUUUCAUGUGGUAAUCCACGCUACCCAGUGAAACAAAGGAAUUGAUAAUGGCUGGUUCAAAGUACUACGCAGUGCGCAGGGGCCGAUGCGUUGGCAUUUACGAUAACUGGAACGACUGCAAGCGUCAGGUUGAUGGUUUUUCUGGUUGUCAGUACAAAAGUUUUUCAGCAUUGAAGGAAGCACAGGAUUACGUUGCACAAGGAACACAAGAUUCUCAGGCUGUAUGUGGGAAACAGGAUGCUCCUGCUGCUGCUGAUAGUUAUAAAAAUUUCUCAGAUGUGAAGCCAGAAACCUUUUUACAACAAGAUGUACAAGAAACCCAGGCUACAAACAAGAAACAGGGUCUUUAUUAUCUUGAAUUUGAUGGUGCAUCGAAAGGAAACCCAGGCAAAUCAGGGGCUGGAGCAGUUCUACGUAACCCUGAUUUUUCAGUGGCAUGCAAGAUAAAGGAAGGUGUAGGUCUGGCCACAAACAAUGUUGCUGAAUAUCGUGCGCUCAUUCGAGGAUUGAAAGUUUGCUUGAGUAAGGGAAUCGAUUGCAUUCAUGUGCAAGGUGAUUCCAAUCUUGUGGUUAUGCAGAUUCAGGAUAAGUGGAAUACAAGGAGUGAUAACAUUGCUGACUUGAGUAAAGAGGCAAAGGAGCUGAAAUCCAAAUUUAGAGAGUUCCAUAUCGAUCAUGUUUUGCGGGAAUUUAAUUCUCAAGCCGAUGCUUUAGCAAAUGAAGCUAUUUAUCUUCCAGAUGGUGAAUGGAUUUUAAGCUAGGCUAAUACUGAGUGAAAAGGGGUGCUGGGGUGAAAAGCUGCCAAACUGUAAAUACAAAAUCUUGGUUUAUAGUAUGAUGCCUCCAUAUACUGAGUUGUUGAACAUGUGGCCUCGCAAACAUCUCAUAUUUUGUAAGGCGGUAUUAUAACAAAUCUUCAGUUAUCAUUAAUAGGGGUUUGGAUCUUAGUGAUUACAUUUUUGUAAUGAAAGGUACCAUUGAGAUUUGGAUAAGAUGAGUUAAAUAUUAGAACAAAAAUCUAGUAAAAAUUACAAAUUCUUGUAGCACAAAUUGUUCUUCGACAAUAAAAGGUAUUGUGUCCACAGUCCA